AAGGCGCCGCCUCCUCUCUUGCAUUGCAUCGCCUCUUCUCUUCUCCGUUGCUCCUCUAUAAUAACAGAGGCGGGAAGUGUUUAUUUCCGCGUGAGUCGCGUAGAAAGCGAAACCCUAGUUUCCGUAACGAACGAAGAGGAAGAAGAAGAAGAUGAGCGUAUGGAACUACGUCGUCACGGCUCAGAAACCAACCUCUGUCACUCACUCUUGCGUCGGAAACUUCACCAGUCCCCAGGAGCUCAAUCUCAUUGUCGCGAAAUGCACUCGCAUCGAGAUCCAUCUGCUUACUCCACAGGGACUUGAGGCUAUACUGGAUGUUCCUCUAUAUGGGAGAAUCGCUACUUUGGAAUUGUUCCGUCCCCAUGGUGAAACACAAGAUUUUUUGUUCAUUGCAACUGAGGGAUAUAAAUUCUGUGUUCUUCAGUGGGAUUCUGAUUCCUCCGAGCUUACUACAAGGGCAAUGGGGGAUGUCUCUGAUCGUAUAGGCAGACAGACCGACAAUGGUCAGAUUGGUAUAAUUGAUCCUGAUUGCAGAUUCAUUGGUCUCCAUCUGUAUGACGGCUUGUUUAAGGUGGUUCCAUUUGACAAUAAAGGACAGCUCAAGGAAGCUUAUAACAUAAGGUUGGAGGAGUUGCAGGUCCUGGAUAUCAAGUUUCUGUAUGGAUGCGCAAAGCCAACAAUCGCAGUACUUUAUCAGGACAACAAAGAUGCUCGUCAUGUAAAAACAUAUGAAGUUUCUCAGAAGGAGAAAGAUUUUGUCGAAGGACCAUGGUCACAGAACAAUCUUGACAAUGGUGCUGACCUAUUGAUCCCUGUGCCUUCACCUCUGUGUGGGGUCCUUAUCAUUGGAGAAGAAACAAUUGUGUAUUGUAGUGCCAAUGCACUCAAAGCUAUACCAAUAAGAUCUUCCAUCACAAAGGCAUAUGGAAGAGUUGAUGUUGAUGGCUCUAGGUAUCUUCUUGGUGACCAUGCCGGACUGAUCCACCUCCUUGUUAUAACCCACGAGAAAGAAAAGGUCACUGGCCUCAAAAUUGAGCUUUUGGGUGAAACAUCGAUUGCAUCUACCAUCUCCUAUCUUGACAAUGCUGUCGUCUUUAUCGGCUCAAGCUAUGGAGAUUCACAGCUUAUAAAGUUAAACAUGCAGCCGGAUGCAAACGGUUCAUAUGUAGAAAUUAUAGAACAGUAUGUCAACUUGGGGCCUAUUGUCGACUUUUGUGUAGUUGACCUUGAGAGACAGGGGCAAGGUCAGGUUGUAACUUGCUCUGGAGCAUACAAGGAUGGUUCUCUUCGCAUAGUUCGUAAUGGGAUAGGAAUAAAUGAACAGGCGUCCGUGGAACUUCCAGGAAUCAAAGGAAUAUGGUCGCUGAAAUCUUCAAUUGAUGACGCCUUUGAUACAUUCCUGGUAGUUAGUUUCAUCAGUGAAACUCGUAUCUUAGCCAUGAACAUAGAGGAUGAACUGGAAGACACAGAGAUUGAGGGUUUCUUGUCUCAAGUCCAGACUUUAUUUUGUCAUGAUGCUGUCUACAACCAACUUGUACAGAUUACUUCAAAUUCUGUGAGGCUAGUCAGUUCGACAACUAGAGAAUUGCGGAAUAAAUGGGAUGCCCCAGCUGGAUUCACUGUUAAUGUUGCAACUGCAAAUGCUAGCCAGGUUCUUUUGGCGACUGGAGGUGGACAUUUGGUCUAUAUAGAAAUUGGAGAUGGGACAUUGACGGAAGUCAAACAUGCCCAGUUGGAGUACGAGGUUUCUUGUCUUGAUAUAAACCCCACUGGGGACAAUCCUAAUUACAGUCAGCUAGCUGCGGUGGGGAUGUGGACAGAUAUAAGUGUAAGGAUUUUUGUGCUGCCGGACUUGACUCUAUUCACUAAGGAGCAACUAGGAGGAGAGAUAAUUCCCCGAUCUGUUCUUCUUUGUGCAUUGGAAGGGAUAUCUUACUUGCUGUGUGCUCUUGGAGAUGGCCAUCUAUUAAACUUCCAGUUGGAUACGAGCACUGGGGAGUUGAGAGAUCGGAAAAAAGUAUCGCUUGGGACUCAGCCUAUAACUCUGCGUACGUUUUCAUCUAAAAGUGCAACGCAUGUCUUCGCUGCAUCAGAUAGACCGUCUGUUAUAUAUAGCAACAACAAGAAGCUGAUAUACAGCAACGUGAAUCUGAAAGAAGUUAGUCACAUGUGUCCCUUCAACUCUGGUGCUUUUCCAGACAGCUUAGCGAUUGCUAGGGAAGGGGAACUUACUAUUGGUACCAUCGAUGAGAUUCAGAAGCUUCACAUACGCACUAUUCCCAUUGGAGAGCACGCUCGCCGUAUCUGCCAUCAGGAACAAACGCGAACAUUUGCUAUCUGCAGUUUGAGAAACCAACCGAGUGCAGAAGAAUCUGAGAUGCAUUUUGUCCGUCUGUUGGAUGACCGAGAUUUCGAAUUCUUGGCAACUUACCCUUUGGAUGCCUUUGAAUACGGUUGCUCCAUACUGAGCUGCUCUUUUACCGACGACAAAAACGUUUACUAUUGUGUCGGUACUUCAUAUGUUUUGCCUGAGGAGAACGAACCAACGAAGGGAAGGAUACUUGUGUUUGUAGUUGAAGAAGGAAAGCUGCAGCUGGUAGCAGAGAAGGAAACUAAAGGAUCUGUUUAUUCUCUUAAUGCCUUCAAUGGAAAACUUCUAGCUGCUAUUAAUCAGAAAAUUCAGUUGUAUAAAUGGACGUUGCGGGAUGAUGGAACUCGGGAGCUCCAGUCUGAAUGUGGACAUCACGGUCACAUACUAGCUCUCUACGUUCAGACCCGUGGAGACUUCAUCGUCGUUGGUGACCUCAUGAAGUCAAUCUCCUUAUUGAUCUACAAGCACGAGGAAGGUGCGAUCGAGGAGAUAGCUCGAGACUAUAAUGCAAGCUGGAUGACGGCAGUUGGGAUACUAGAUGAUGACACGUACCUCGGUGCUGACAAUUGCUACAACUUAUUCACAGUGAAGAGGCACAGUGAAGCUGCUACAGAUGAAGAACGGUGUCGCAUGGAGGUGGUUGGUGAGUAUCACAUUGGGGAAUUUGUGAACCGAUUCCGCCAUGGAUCUCUGGUCACGAGGCUGCCUGAUUCAGAAACUAGUCAGAUACCGACUAUGAUCUUUGGCACUGUCAACGGUGUGAUCGGAGUGAUGGCUUCGCUGCCGCAAGAACAAUAUGCGUUUCUGGAGAAACUGCAGACGAGUAUGAGGAAAGUGAUCAAAGGAGUUGGCGGUUUGAGCCAUGAGCAGUGGAGAUCGUUCAAGAACGAGAAGAGAAGUGCAGAUGCGAGGAGUUUCUUGGAUGGGGAUUUGAUAGAAUCGUUCAUGGAUCUGAGCAGGAGGAAGAUGGAGGAGAUAUCUAAAGGGAUGGAUGUGCAAGUGGAAGAAUUGUGUAAGAGAGUUGAGGAACUCACAAGGCUUCACUGAGCAGAUCCAUAGCUUUUCUCUCUACUCUCUCUACUCUCGUUGGUUUAUUUCUCAUCAUUUUUUUUUUUGGUUUUAAGAGUAUCUCCAAAAAAAACUU